AUGUUUUUAUUUAAAUGUUUAGAAAAGUUUUAUAAAAUAAACAAUCAAAUGAAAGAUAAUUUAUAUGAAGAACAAAAAAGUUUUAUUUUAAAUACAUCAACCGGUAUAAAAGCUUUAUUAUUUGACAGUGAUGAUACUAAAAAAGCCAUUAAUAAUAUAAUUUCAUACUAUGAAUUUUUAGAACACGAUUAUUUUUACUUUACAUAUUUAAACAAUAAAACUAGAAAACCAGAAAAUAUACAUUGUGUGGUAAUUUUGGAUCCAAAAAACAUCAAUUUACUAAUAUGUGAGUUAACAAACCCCUACUAUAAAUCUUAUACAAUUUUGUUAAUUAAAUCAGUUGAUGACUAUACUUUAGAAAUAUUAGCUGGUACUGAUAGAUACAAUUUGAUAGAAAAGAUUUUAAAUAUAAAUUUAAUUGGUAUAAAACAAGAUGACUACUUCUAUUUAGUUAAAGAUUUAGAUGUUAGUGGUAUAUUUAAAAAUAUUGAAAAAUAUCCUUUUAUUGUUAGACAAGAGUAUAAUUUAGAAGACAAAUCUUACAAAUUUAUUGCUGAAGAUAUUCCAACAAAUUUAAAUUCGUGUAAACUUUUGUAUUUUGAAAGAGAAACUGAUUUAAUUACACCAUUUAUAACUGAUUAUUAUUAUCAAUCAGCAAUUUAUCAAUUAUUUGACUAUUCAAAUUAUAUGAUUACUUUAAACAACAAAAAGUAUAAUUUAAAAGAUACUUUUUUUGAAAGAGUAAAAUUUUUAAGUGUUGAUAAAGUAAGUAACGAGUUAAAGGGAAUAGUUGAGGAUAGUGAAUUAUAUGAAAAACAUUCAACUAUAGUAAAUGAGUUAAUAAAAAAAUUAGAUUUGUUAAAAAGUGAUACUGAGAAAGAACUUAAAGAGAUUAAAAUCAAUAAAGAAAGAAAUUGUAAAUUUAAUAAUAAUCAUCUCUUACUUGCCUAUGAAAGUCCUAUUAAGAGAAUUAUGAAACACUUUAUAGAAAACAGACUUAAAAUUAUUAAUAACACAAAACAAAACAACAUUAUAAAGUGUUAUUAUAAUUUUGUUUUUAUAAAAGGAGGUACUUCUUAUAGAGAAUACAGAGAUUUAAUGAGUUUAAAUAGUGAAAAACAUAAAAUUUACUUGUUAUCAGAUAAAAUACUAAAAUAA